AUGGCUACUGCAGACGCGUUGAUUGCAAGUCUUCAGGACAUCAACGGGGAGAGCUUCGCGGAUAAGGCGGAGAGGAUACGAGCCAGAGAUGCAUUGUAUGAUGCGUUGAGAAAAGUCCAGACGCCGUGGGAUAUCGCGUGGGAUCACAUCGUGGUCAAGGGCGGCGGGAACGCGGCGAUCAAGACGCUCAUCGACGCUGGCGUAUUCAAACAGUGGCACGAGGCUGGUGGUAAACCCAUUACCUGUACCAAGCUCUCAAAGCUGACCGGCGCCGACGAGCACCUCAUCCGCCGCAUGAUGAGGGCAAUAGCAGGCCAACGCCUCGUCAUAGAAACAGACCUCGACACCUACGCCCGCACGCCCUGGGCCCAGGCCCUCGGCGAAGACGCGCCUCUGCCGGCCAUGUACGGCGGCUUCUACGGCGAGCUGACGAACCCAAUGUUCCGCUCGCUGCCGUACUACCUCAAGCAGAACGGGUACCGGAACCCGACGGACAAGAACGACUGUAACUUCCAGCACUGGCGCGGGCCCGACGCCGUCUUCUUCAAGUACGUCGGCACGAACCCGCUGCUAACGUCCGACUUCAAUGAUGUCAUGGAGUGCCAUUCGCGGGAUAACCUCACGGCGUGGACCGAGGUGUAUCCCACGCACAAGAUCAUCGAGGGGGCGAUCCCAGAGAGGCCGUUGGUUGUUGAUAUCGGCGGCGGGAAGGGCCAUGAUUUGAGGAAAUUUCAUGUUCGGCACCCACAGGUUCCCGCGCGGCAUCUCAUCCUGCAGGACUUGCCCGAUUUUCUGAAGGAUGUCAAGCCCGAUUCUGCCUUCACGAUCCAGGCGCACGACUUCUUUACGCCACAGCCGCUGCGCGGGGCGAGAGCGUACUUCUUGCAUAACGUGCUGCACGACUGGCCUGACGCCACGGCGGUGGAUAUCCUCAAGAAUAUCGCGAGCGCCAUGGAGAGGGGUUACUCGAGGCUGUUGAUCCACGAGAGCUUGAUCAGCGAGAGGGCGCCGCUUUCGAAGGUGACAGAACGGAUAUGA